AUGGUGAGAUCCAGACCUUUUCGUUUUACAUCAGUCAUCUCAAAAAUGGGAACCUCAUGUUUGCCACUAUUCCAGUUGGUGCUCUCGGACCCACCAUGUGAAGAAAAGGAAAUGUGCAUAAACUAUAAAGAUCAAUACACAAAUGGCUGGUAUAUCUGGUUCUUGUUGCUGAUUUUCCUGGUGGCUCUUCUCUGUGGAGUAGUGUUCUCCUGCCUCCAUUGCUGGCUGCGGAGACCUCGAAUUGAUUCCCCAAGACGCACUAUGGCUGUUUUUGCUGUUGGAGACUUGGACCCCGUUUAUGGGACAGAAGUGGCUGUGAAUUCAACUGUUGGAAUUCACCUUCAAACUCAAAACCCUGAACUAUAUCCUGCUCCAUGUUUUGGCACAUUAGGACCCCCACCUCCAUAUGAAGAAACUCUGAAAUCAAGUCGAUUUUAGCUCUGGAUCAUCAACUGGAAACAUCAGAAAUAUUUUUAAUUCUAAAAAUCAAAUUUAGGAACAAUUCUUUUAUUUAGUGGGAAUUCCCAGAAAUCAAUUAAUAUAGCCUGAAAAAGGACAAAUAGGCAGAAGAAUGAA